CAUUUUUGGGGAAAACACCUCGACACGUUUCACCCGCCUGUCUGCAGACUUGACAUCUCUCCGCACCAUCACCUCCACUGAAACACCCUGGGCCGCUUAGUCCUUUCCCGAGAUGCAACACCAUUUCUUGCACGCGCCACGGCUUCGCAAGUGAAAGCCUCAACCUGUCCUGCUUCACCUCCUUCACCACCACACAACACCCCCCACUAUGCGGCGGCGAUCAUGGCUCGACGACUUCGUCUACGACAUUAUGCUCUGGAUCUCCAAUGUCGUCGUCGACCUCUUCUUCCGUGAAGUCCACCCUCGCGCCUCAUACCGUAUCCCUCGCCGUUCGCCCGUCAUCUUCGUCGCCGCGCCUCAUGCCAACCAGUUCGUCGACCCGCUCAUCCUCGGCUCCACCGUCCGACAUGACGCCAAACGCCGCAUUUCCUUCCUCAUCGCCGAAAAGAGCAUGCGCCGAAAGUUCAUCGGCCUGGCGGCCAGCCUUGUUGGCUCGGUGUCAGUGGGCAGGGCAUUGGAUCUGAAGAAGCCGGCCCAAGGGAAGAUCUACCUGCCCGACCCGGAUGGUGACCCCACCUUGGUCAAGGGCAAGGGCACGCAGUUCGACGACAAAAACAUAUAUAUGCCCGGCGGCCUGCUCGUCCUGCCGAGUGUCAACAAUGCUUCAGCCAAUACCGAGAUUAAGGAAAUUCUCGGACCCGACGAAAUCAGACUCAAGCAUCCCUUUGCUGGUGACGUGGCAUUCGAGCAGCUCACCGGACGUACACCGAAUGUGAACGGCAAUGGAAACGCGUCGGAUGACGAGGCAAAAGGGUCUUCAGACUUUGAGGGCACCAAGUUCAGCGUCGCCCCUCACGUCGAUCAAAGCAAGGUCUACGAGCGCGUCUUCAAGAAAAUCAAAGACGGAGGCUGCAUCGGCAUCUUCCCCGAAGGCGGCAGCCACGAUCGCACCGAGCUCCUGCCCUUAAAAGCCGGCCUCGCCAUCAUGGCGCUGGGUGCGCUGGCCGAAGAUCCAGACUGUGGCGUCACCAUCGUGCCGGUGGGCAUGAACUACUUCCACCCCCACAAGUUCCGCUCGCGCGCCGUCAUCGAAUUCGGCAAGCCAAUCACCGUCGAUCCGGAGCUCGUGCAGCAAUACAAGAACGGCAAUCGGAGGGACGCCAUCAGCCGCGUGCUGGACACUGUGUACAAAGGCCUCCAGACCGUCACCACCCUCGCCCCCGACUACGACACCCUUAUGCUCAUCCAGGCUGUACGUCGAUUAUACAACUCCAAGGGCAAGGAGCUGCCAUUGUCGAUGGUGGUGGAGCUCAACCGGAGACUGAUGAAAGGUUAUGCGACAUACAAAGAUGAUCCGCGCGUCGUCAAGUUGCGGAAGGAUGUGCUUGACUACAACCGGACGUUAUUCGGCCUCAACCUCCGCGACCACCAAGUCGGCUAUGCCAAGCACCCCUGGUGGAAAGUCAUGUUCCUCCUCACCUGGCGCGUACUGAAGAUCUCCGCUUUGAGCAUCGCCGUCCUCCCUGGUACCGUCCUGUUUGCGCCCGUGUUCAUCGCGGGCAAGAUCAUUUCCAUCCGCAAGUCCAAGGAAGCGCUGGCAGCGUCGACGGUCAAGAUCAAGGCGAGAGAUGUCAUGGCCACGUGGAAGAUCCUGGUCGCACUCGCCCUCACCCCGAUCCUCGAUGUCACAUACACCAGUCUGUUGACGUGGUGGACGUACUACAACCGAGUUGGGGGCCGGGUGCCACUCUGGAUCCCACUGUGGUCGGUGUACGUCUUUGGACUCAUCUUCUUCCCCGCCAUGUGCUUCAUGGCGCUUCGAUUCGGAGAAGUGGGCAUGGACAUAUUCAAAUCCCUGCGCCCGCUAUUCCUCUCCAUCAACCCGAGCUCCAGCAACUCUCUCGUGCAACUCAGCAAGCGGCGUGAACAGCUCGCCCACCGAAUCGACGACCUCAUCAACGAUCUCGGGCCCGAGCUGUUCCCCGACUUCGAUCGAAUGCGCAUCGUCCCGGAUCAGGAGGAUGAGGACGAGGCAGGAUCAUCAGACUCGGCAGGACCCGCGACACCCGCGCAGAGACGUGACGGCAGCGACAUUGAUGUCCUCAACCUCCCCCCACCCACCCCUCCCGGCCUGCACUUCCAACCACUGCACGCCUCGUCUAUCCCGCGCAACGAGAGCUUCAAAAACAUCGGCUCGGUCGGUCUGUUCGCAUCACGACCAGGCACGCCACAUACUACUAGGAGUAGGAGUAACAGCGGAUCGGAACCAGCCCUGUCUGGGACGCGGUUCGGGAGCGGCCUACGAGGCUUCACAGCCAUGCACGAGGCUGCGCCGGUCUCCAAGCCGGACUUGGAGGAAGUCAGUCGAAACCUGCAUGCCGCCAUGCGGGAGCGCGGACGUAGGCGGACCAGUGAUGCGGAGGGCUGGGUUGAAUUUGAGCGGACCCCGUCGCCAACGAGUGAGACAGACGGGGAGGGAUUACGGAUGGGAACGAAGAAGAAUGUGUGACGAAGCACGCGUCCGACGGCCUCUUGUGAUGAGUGUAAUUACGACGGUGGA